AACGGUUCUACAAGCACUUCGUAGCAUUGAGUAAACAGUCAUGAUUCAUUUCAAUUUAACGCCGAGUGUAUAUUCACUAAUAUUCUUCCUACUAACAUUAUAUGAAUCUUGUGCUGAACCGAUUAUCAACACCGAGCCUAGUGAUCCUAGCAAUGCCGCGGAGAAAGCUCUUUUCUCUGACUAUCCAUUCAUAGUUUCAAUCGGAACUAAAUAUCAUCCGAUAACAAAGCAGGAGCUCAGUUAUAAAAGCGGACACUUUUGCGGAGGAUCGCUCGUUACGAAAAGACACGUUGUAACAGCGGCACACUGCUUUGAUACAGACGAAAAAAAAGCUCAUGUAAGGGUAUUGGUAGGUAUAAGCAAUUUCUACCAAGAACCUGAAGUUAUAGACGUCGAAGGUUGGACAAAAUAUGUCGACUGGCCGCUGAGAAAGCUUGAAUCACCAUAUCACGAUAUUGCAGUUUUGAAGUUAAAAAAAGAAGUUACUACGCCCAACGUAGUACUUAUACCCUUAUACAAUAAACAUUACGAUAAAUCGGAUAUUCAUCUGGAGAGCAUAGGAUGGGGUCGUACUGAAAUGUCCAACGAAUCACCAGAUUUGCUUAAAAUACCAUUGAAAAUAGUCCCGCGUGCAAAAUGUGAAAGAGAGUUUCAAGAUCUUCUUGGUGAUGAAUAUUAUAUAAGAAUGUGGAAACUAUGUACUCGAUCGCCCAAAAAGCUGUACUUAGGCUCGGGAGACAGCGGUGGUCCACUAAUCUAUAAAGAAAACGGUGUCAUGAAGCUUUUUGGCGUCAACGAAGCGAAUUGCGAUCGAACCUGCCUAAUGCUCAAUAUUCAUGCUAGAGUUUACAAUUAUGUCGACUUUAUUACAGACAUGAUCAAAAAAUGAUUUUCAAGCAAUAUAAUGCAAUAAACUUUAUGCUAGAAACCAAAUUUUUUAAAAUUUUAAAAUACAAUUUUUUACAUAGACAAUAA